AUGGGCGCCCGCAAUAUUGUCCCCCUCAUCCUACUCCUCGUCUUUGUCGGUAUCCUUGCGGCGGUCGGGUAUGUCGUGUACAGCAUCGUGCAGGAUGUGAGCAAGAACACGCGCGAGAAAAUGGAGCGUAAGAACAUCGCUUUCACCAAGGAUGGCAUGAAGGUGCAAGUAAGGGAAAUAAAGGACGAGGCCUACAAGGAUCAGACCCAGAGUGUCUUGGUCAACAUGUGGAACCACACUUCUUUCCCCGCUUACAAGAGUCGGCUUUGGGAUAUGUCCGGUUCCUCUUCCACUGACCAGAAGAAUGGAGCUGAGAAGCGCAAGUAG